UUCACGCACAGUUUACGUUUAUUCGAGAAAGCGAGUGGAUGUUCGUAUACCAUUAGUUUUAGAUACAUGCCAGUAUAUCAUUGCGUAGUAUUUUAUUUUACUCAAGAAACCUACAAAAGGUCACGAUCAUUUUAAUCCGAAUAUAACUGAAUAAAAAAAACCAAUGAAACAGUAAAUGUAUUGUUAUGGGGAACGAAACUAUGGAUCCUAUGGAUCAAUUUUGUGGUACCAAAUUUUGGGAUAAUGGCUUAAUGUGGAAUACAGAUGAUCCAGAUGUUACAGAAUGCUUUCAGAAAACUGUGUUAGUAUGGGUGCCAUGUACAUUUUUGUGGCUAUUUUCUGGAAUAGAAAUUUAUUAUUUUUUAAGCAGUAAAAGAAAAAAUAUUCCGUAUACAUGGUUAUUUAUCUCUAAACAAGUACUUACAGUAGCCUUGAUUUUACUUAGUAUUAUUGAUUUAGGAAAGGCUAUACAUAAAAGUACUUAUGACAAAGUAUAUAAUGUUGAUUAUUAUACACCAUUUAUAAAAAUUGUUACAUUUGUAAGUAUUAUUUAUAAUUCUUUAAGAUAUUAUAGAAAAUUAAUAUAUAAUGACAAUAUAAUUUCUUAUCUUUUACAGGCUCUAGCAGGUACUUUAGUAAUAUACAACAGAAAAUAUCAAUAUAGAACAUUGUUAAGGUUAUAUAUAAAUGGGGAUGACAUAACCUACUCAUUUAUAUCAUACAUGAUAUAUUAUCCAACAGUGGUACUUUUAUUCUUAUUGAAUUUCUUAGUUGAUGCUGAACCUAAAUAUUCUGAAUAUCCCAGGGUUGAUAAACCAUGUCCAGAACAAAGAUCUUCCUUUCCAGCAAAGAUUUUUUAUACAUGGUUUGAUCCAAUGGCAUGGAAAGGCUUUCAGAAACCUUUGGAAACUACAGAUUUAUGGUCUAUGAAUCCAGAAGACACAGCUAAAGAAAUUGUACCCAAAUUUGAUAAAUAUUGGAGCAAAAUUUCGCAAAGAAAUAAUAAAGUAUUUUGGACUUACUUUAGUGUACAAAACACUAAGGCAUCAUUCAGGAAAGCAUCUGGUCAAGUAGAUUUUAAUAGUGGACAGAGAAAGAAGGUAUCAUCAAUUUUGCCACCUCUUUGCAAAGCUUUUGGUACAACUUUUUUAUUUGGAGCUUUACUUAAAUUUAUACAAGAUAUUUCAAUUUUUGCUAGUCCACAAAUAUUGAGGUUUCUUAUUCAUUUUAUUGAGGGACGUGAACCUAUGUGGAAAGGCUAUUUUUAUGCGGUUUUACUCCUAAUUACGGCCACAUUUCAAACAUUAGUUUUAGCACAGUAUUUUCAUCGUAUGCUCUUAGUUGGAUUACGAAUACGCACUGCUUUAAUUGCUGCAAUUUACCGAAAAGCAUUAAGAAUGUCUAAUUCUGCCAGAAAAGAAUCAACAGUUGGUGAAAUAGUAAACUUAAUGUCCGUGGAUGCACAAAGAUUUAUGGAUUUAACAGCAUAUAUAAAUAUGAUUUGGUCUGCCCCAUUGCAAAUAGUCUUAGCAUUAUAUUUUUUAUGGGACUUAUUGGGGCCAGCUGUGCUUGCUGGUUUAGCUGUUCUACUUAUUCUCAUUCCAAUAAAUAUAUUGAUCACAAAUAGAGUUAAGACAUUGCAAAUUAGACAAAUGAAGCACAAAGAUGAAAGAGUUAAAUUAAUGAAUGAAGUACUUAAUGGUAUAAAAGUAUUAAAGUUAUAUGCAUGGGAACCUUCAUUUGAGGAACAAAUACUGAAAAUACGUAUGAAAGAAAUUAAAGUACUUAAAGAAGCAGCAUAUCUCAAUUCUGGAACAAGUUUUAUCUGGUCUUUUGCACCAUUUUUAGUAAGUUCUUUAAAUCAAAUUAUGUUGUUAGAUAUGAAAAUAAUAUUUAUUUUUAUUAAUAUGUAUAAUAUCCAGGCUUAUGUUUCUAUAAAACGCAUUAAUAAAUUCAUGAAUACAGAAGAGUUAGAUCCAAAUAAUGUCCAGCAUGAUCCAUCUGAAUCACUUGCAUUAUUAAUUGAGAACGGCACCUUUGCAUGGGACGUGGAAAAUACUGAUAAACCUACAUUAAAAAAUAUAAAUCUUCAAGUAGAACAGGGCCAAUUGAUAGCUGUUGUUGGUACCGUGGGAUCGGGUAAAAGUUCUCUUUUAUCAGCUCUUCUUGGAGAAAUGGACAAAAUAAGUGGCAGAGUUAAUACAAAAGGUUCUAUCGCAUAUGUAUCUCAACAACCAUGGAUUCAAAAUGCAUCAUUACAAGAUAAUGUUUUAUUUGGGAAGCCACUGAACAAAAAUUCUUAUAAUCGUGUAAUUGAAGCAUGUGCAUUAAAUCCAGACUUAAAAAUACUACCUGCAGGUGACCAAACUGAAAUUGGAGAAAAAGGAAUAAAUUUAUCUGGUGGGCAGAAACAACGAGUAGCAUUGGCAAGAGCAGUUUACAAUGAUUCUGAUGUUUAUUUUUUGGAUGAUCCAUUGAGUGCAGUAGAUUCACAUGUUGGAAAACACAUAUUUGAAAAUGUAGUCGGCGCUAACAGUCUGCUUAAGAAGAAAACAAGAAUACUUGUCACACAUGGUAUCACUUAUUUACCAGAAGUUGAUAACAUCAUUGUUCUUAAAGAUGGCGAAAUAACAGAAGUUGGAACUUACAAACAACUUCUAGAGAAAAGGGGAGCCUUUUCUGAGUUUCUAGUGCAACAUCUUCAAGAAGUACAAGCUGAUGAUGAAUCAGAAGCAGAUUUACAUGAAAUUAAACAACAAUUGGAAUCUACAAUGGGAUCAAGUGAAUUGCAACAGAAAUUAACAAGAGGUAAAUCAAGAGUGUCAGAAAGUCAAAGUGAAUCUGGUUCUAUAGCAGAGAAAAGAUCCUUAAAUGGUUCAUUGAAAAGACAGUAUUCUACAGAUAGUCAGCAAUCUGGUACUUAUAAAAAUAAUAAUAACGUGAAAGAAACGAAAUUAACACAUUCAAAGUCGGCAGAAAAGUUAAUAGAAGUGGAAAAAGUUGAAAUUGGAAGUGUUAAAUGGCAGGUCUAUUCCCAUUACUUCAAAUCCAUUGGUUGGUUUUUAUCAAUAGCAACUAUUAUAAUGAAUGCCAUUUUUCAAGGAUUUAGUAUUGGUUCAAAUACUUGGCUCAGUGUGUGGUCAAAUGGUAAUUUAACAGAUAACAACGAUACAAUUAAUAAAGCAAAGCAAGAUAUGUAUCUUGGCGUUUAUGGUGGACUUGGUCUUGGACAAGCGAUGGCGAGUUUUUUCUGCGAUUUGGCACCGCAGCUGGGCUGCUGGCUGGCUGCUCGCCAGAUGCACAUAAUGAUGCUACGUGCUGUGAUGCGUGCUCCAUUGCCCUUCUUUGAUACGACUCCUACUGGUCGUAUUACCGCCAGGUUUGCUAAAGACGUCGACGUACUGGACACAUCUCUUCCUCAACAAAUUUCCGAUAGCAUCUAUUGUUUGUUUGAGGUCAUAGCUACUUUAGUGGUUAUAAGUUUUAGUACACCAGUGUUUAUCGCGGUAAUAAUACCGAUAGGUGCAAUUUAUUACUUUGUUCAACGUUUAUAUGUUGCAUCUUCACGCCAGCUGAAACGUUUAGAAUCCGUUGAUUUAUAAUCUACAUUCUAAUCAUGCAGGAAAAAUACUAAUAAAUCACAAAUGAUUAGGGCAUUUGGUGUACAAGAACGAUUUAUUGAUGAAUCUGAAAGUAAAGUAGAUUUUAAUCAAGUGUGCUAUUAUCCUAGUAUAAUUGCAAACAGAUGGUUAGCAGUACGUUUGGAGAUGGUUGGAAAUUUAAUUAUUUUCUUUGCUGCAUUAUUUGCUGUAUUAAGUAGAGAUACUAUAGAAUCUGGUGUAGUUGGUUUAUCUAUCAGUUAUGCUUUGCAAGUUACUCAAACACUGAAUUGGUUAGUCAGAAUGACUUCUGAUGUUGAAACUAACAUAGUAGCUGUAGAAAGGAUGAAAGAAUAUUCAGAAACUCCUCAAGAAGCACCAUGGAAAAAUCCAGAUUAUGCACCACCUAAUGAAUGGCCCGUACAAGGACGUGUCGAGUUUAAAGAUUACAAAGUUCGUUAUAGGGAAGGCUUGGACCUUGUACUUCGUGGGUUAUCAUUUUCUGUUAAAGGAGGAGAGAAAGUUGGCAUUGUCGGUAGAACUGGCGCUGGCAAAUCUUCUUUAACAUUAGCUUUAUUCAGAAUAAUAGAAGCAACUGAUGGACAAAUUUUUAUUGAUGACAUUGACAUUUCUACAUUAGGACUUCACGAUCUAAGAUCUAGACUGACUAUUAUUCCUCAGGAUCCUGUUUUAUUCUCAGGGAGUUUGAGGAUGAAUUUAGAUCCUUUUAAUUGCUAUACUGAUGACGAAAUUUGGAAAGCUCUCGAACAUGCACAUCUUAAAACUUUUAUAAAAAAUUUACCGACUGGUCUUUCACAUGAAAUAUCGGAGGGUGGAGACAAUUUAAGUAUAGGUCAACGACAAUUAAUAUGCCUAGCAAGAGCAUUACUCCGAAAAACGAAAGUACUUGUUCUUGAUGAAGCAACAGCUUCAGUCGAUUUAGAAACGGAUGAUUUAAUUCAAACAACAAUCAGACAAGAAUUUAAAGAUUGUACGGUACUUACAAUAGCUCAUAGACUUAAUACAAUUCUUGAUUCAGACAGGGUCAUUGUUCUGGAUAACGGACUUAUUAUGGAAUAUGAUUCUCCCGAGACGUUACUACGUAAUUCAUCUAGCUUGUUUCACGGUAUAUCUAAAGAUGCAGGCCUUGUAACUUAAAUGACGUGCAUAUCAUAAAUACUGUACAAGCAAUAAAAUGAUAAUAAUUUUUAAUCUAUCAUAGAAUAUAUAACAACAAAUUAUAAAAAGAAAUAUAGCAAUUCAUUUAUAUAGAGA